AUGGCGGAUCGCGCGGAGAUGUUCUCCCUCUCCACCUUCCACUCGCUGUCGCCGCCCGGAUGCAGGCCUCCCCAGGACAUCAGCCUGGAGGAAUUUGAUGAUGAAGACUUGUCUGAGAUCACUGAUGACUGCGGCCUGGGCCUCAGCUAUGACUCGGACCACUGUGAGAAGGACAACCUUUCCUUGGGACGCUCAGAGCAGCCUCACCCCAUCUGCUCCUUCCAAGACGACUUCCAGGAGUUUGAGAUGAUUGAUGACAAUGAAGAAGAGGAUGAAGAGGAAGAGGAAGAUGAAGAAGAGGAAGAGGAGGAGGAGGGAGAUGGGGAGGACAAGCAGGGAGGAGGCCCUGGCUCAGAGGUACCUGCAGGGGAGCCCCUUGUUCCCUCACCUUCCCUGGAGGAGCCCCACAAGCACCGACCCACCACACUCCACCUGGCCACGCUGGGCGCCCAGGACUCGCUGAACAACAAUGGAGCCUUCAUCUCUGCGCCCGGAGCCUCCUGGCCCCAGACUGUGCUUCGCUCUCCCGCCUUGGAGCCCCCUAGAGAGAACCCCAGGCCCCUCCUGCUCGCAGGAGAGGCGGCCCGAGAGGCACAGGAGCUGCCCCCCGGUUGCGACUGCGAGGGGAACCCGGCCCCAGCGCCGCCAGCGCCGGGCGGGGCCUCGCCCUCCUCAGACCCCGGGAUCGAGGCCGACCUGAGGAGCCGCUCCAGUGGGGGCCCCGGUGGCCGGCGCAGCAGCCAGGAGCUGUCGUCGCCAGGCUCAGACUCUGAGGACGCAGGCGCGCGCCUGGGCCGCAUGAUCUCGUCCAUCUCGGAGACCGAGCUGGAGCUGAGCAGCGAUGGCGGCAGCAGCAGCAGUGGCCGCUCCUCGCACCUCACCAACUCUAUCGAGGAGGCCUCGUCGCCCGCCUCUGAGCCCGAGCCGGAGCCCGAGCCCCCACGCCGCCCGGCCUUCCUGCCCGUGGGCCCCGACGACACCAACAGCGAGUACGAGUCUGGGUCCGAGUCCGAGCCUGACCUCAGCGAGGACGCCGACUCGCCCUGGCUGCUCAGCAACCUGGUGAGCCGCAUGAUCUCCGAGGGCUCCUCGCCCAUCCGCUGCCCCGGCCAGUGCCUGUCCCCUGCGCCGCGCCUGCCCACAGGCCCCGAGCCGCCGCCAGCCAUGCACUCGCAGGACCCCGAGGUGCCUGCUGGGCCCGGAGUGGAGCUGGUGGACAUGGAGACGCUGUGUGCGCCGCCGCCACCCGCACCCGCAGCCCCGAGGCCGGGCCCUGCACAGCCUGGGCCAUGCCUGUUUCUUAGCAACCCCACCUGCGACACCAUCACACCGCUGUGGGCUGCAUCUGGCCGCCCAGCUCGCCCUGGCCGCGCCUGCUCAGCUGCCUGUUCGGAGGAAGAGGACGAGGAGGAGGAUGAGGAGGAGGCCGAGGACAGUGUGGGUCCCCUGGGGGGCCGGGCCCCGGGCUCCACUGCGCCACUGGACGCCUCAUUGGUUUAUGAUGCGGUCAAGUACACGCUGGUGGUGGACGAGCACACGCAACUGGAGCUGGUGAGCCUGCGUCGGUGUGCCGGCCUGGGUGAGGACAGCGAGGACAGCAGCGGGGAGGCCAGCGAGGAGGAGGCCAGUGCCGGAAUGCUAGGCUGCGAGCAGGGCCCAGCUGAUGCCUCUCCAGACAGCCCUGACCUCACUUUUUCCAAGAAGUUCCUCAAUGUGUUUGUCAACAGCACCUCUCGAUCCUCCAGCACAGAAUCCUUUGGCCUUUUUUCCUGUCUGGUCAAUGGGGAGGAGAGAGAGCAGACCCACCGGGCUGUCUUCAGGUUCAUCCCUCGACACCCAGAUGAGCUGGAGCUGGACGUGGAUGACCCAGUGCUGGUGGAAGCUGAAGAGGAUGACUUCUGGUUCCGUGGCUUCAACAUGCGCACUGGGGAGCGUGGUGUGUUUCCAGCCUUCUAUGCCCAUGCAGUGCCUGGCCCUGCCAAGGACCUGCUAGGAAGCAAGCGGAGCCCCUGCUGGGUAGAGCGAUUUGAUGUGCAGUUCCUGGGCUCUGUGGAGGUGCCCUGCCACCAGGGCAAUGGCAUCCUGUGUGCGGCUAUGCAGAAGAUCGCCACUGCCCGGAAACUGACUGUCCAUCUGCGCCCUCCCGCCUCCUGUGACCUUGAGAUCUCUCUGCGGGGUGUCAAGCUGAGUCUGAGUGGAGGAGGGCCUGAGUUCCAGCGCUGUAGCCACUUCUUUCAGAUGAAGAACAUCUCCUUUUGUGGCUGUCAUCCCCGCAACAGCUGCUACUUUGGCUUCAUUACCAAACACCCCCUGCUGAGCCGCUUCGCCUGCCAUGUCUUUGUGUCUCAGGAGUCCAUGAGGCCGGUGGCGCAGAGUGUGGGCCGUGCCUUCCUGGAGUACUACCAGGAGCACCUGGCGUAUGCCUGCCCCACAGAGGACAUCUACCUGGAGUAGCUGCCUGCACCUCAGCUCCCACCUCACUGCUCCAGGGCAGCUGCAGCUGGGAUGUCUUGAGGCCACCACGGCUUUGGCAAGG